CUCUUGUUUCUAUACAUAAACAACAUAUAUAAGCCCACGUACAGGUUCUGUGUUUGCCACUAGACUUGUGUUGCGUUGACAAGAAUUAAUAUUCAGCAACACCUACUAACAACCAAGAUUUGCAAAUUCUAACUUGAUUUCACCACCUGUCAGCCAAAUUAUCACACAGACAAUGAUUUCUUCUGCUCCUGCAUCACCCAAAAUACUCAUCGGCAUCUCAAUGGACCUAGAACACAGCAAACAGCUUCUCUCAUGGGCCACAAUUCUAGCUCAUCCUAGUCACACUCUAGUUGCCUUACAUGUUCUUGAAGAGACCAAGAAGCAUUGUAACCAGAAAAAACAGGAGAUCAAGAAGCGUGAAUCAAUUGAACAAAUUCGUCGUGCAAAAGCCUUUGUUAUAUCUGUAAUGGGAGAAUUUUCCAACAUCUGCCAGUCUAAGCAGGUAAAUUUGGAGGCUAGAGUUGGGUUUAACUCUAGCGUCGGAAAAGGUCUAAUUGAGGAAGCAAAGGGCAUUUCAGCACAACUUCUUCUCAUUGGCGGCUCAAGAAACCGGUCAAAUAGCCAAAUCAUAAGGUAUUGUUUUGAGCAUGCCCCACAAGCCUGUUCAGUGGUCUUGGUUGGGAAAUGUGGCCAGCCACAAAAGGAUUUGCUUUCCAGUUCUGUACACAAUGAAGAAGAAUUUUGUCAAUCAAGUUCAAGGUGGAUAAACAAAAAUAGUUAUACGGCAAAGUCUGUCUCCUUAUUGGAAAAGCCUCGUGUUUCAGAGACAGAGACAGAGAAUGAAAAGCCUUCACCAAAGACUGUGUUAGAUGCUUGUGAAGGAGAAUCAAAUAGCACAGACGACUAUAGCUCUAGCUUUGGGGAUUCAAUCAUCACGGAAUCCCCUCCUCUAGUUCCCAAGUUUGAAAGCCAAUCCUAUGUUGCAAAGCCACCAUCUCCUUUCAAGCGUAUUUCCUCUUUCCUCCGCUCAUCUUUUGAUUUAAAUGGAAGAAAAAGAAAUGAAGUUAUUUCCGAAAAGGAGAAGCACCAACCUUUAUUAAGGUGCUUUAGCUACCAAGAGAUUGCAAAUUCCACAAAUGACUUCCACCAAGAUAAUAUAGUAGGACGAGGAGGGUACUCAGAGGUAUAUAGAGGUGAUCUUGAUGAUGGACAUACUAUAGCGGUGAAGAGGUUAGCCAAGGAUAACACUGAUCAAAACAAGGAGAAGGAGUUUCUUAUGGAAUUGGGCAUAAUAGGACAUGUAGACCAUCCUAAUACCGCAAGCUUAGUUGGUUAUUGCAUCGAAAAUGGACUCCAUCUGAUCUUCGAUCUCUCUCCAAAUGGAACUUUAGCAUCUGCAUUGCAUGGCAAAAUAUGCAAGGCACUUGAGUGGCCAGUCAGAUAUAAGAUUGCCCUCGGGGUUGCAAGGGGUUUGCAUUAUCUUCAUAAAUGUUGCAAACACCGAAUAAUACAUCGUGACAUAAAAGCAUCUAAUGUGCUACUUGGGCCAGAUUAUGAACCACAGAUUUCAGACUUCGGUCUUGCAAAAUGGCUUCCAAAUAAAUGGACUCACCAUGCUGUGAUUCCAAUUGAGGGUACAUUUGGAUACUUGGCUCCAGAGUAUUUCAUGCAUGGAAUUGUAGAUGAGAAAACCGAUGUUUUUGCAUUUGGAGUUCUUCUUUUAGAGAUCAUAACUGGCAGGAGGCCUGUGGACUCAUCAAAGCAAAACCUUCUACUAUGGGCAAAGCCCCUUAUGGAAUCUGGAUGCAUCAGUGAAUUAGCCGAUCCAAAGUUGGAAGGUGAAUAUGACAUGGGUCAAAUGCAUAGAUUAGUGGUCACUGCUUCUUAUUGUGUAAGACAAUCCUCAAUAUGGCGUCCAUCAAUGAGUGAGGUGCUAGAACUUCUUACAUAUGGUGAUGACUCUGAGAUUGCAAAGAGUUGGAGGAUGCCAAAAUUUACAGCUGAGGAGAUGGAUGAUUACUCUAUGGUGUUUGGAUAUGAGCUUCCAUCAGAUAUUUUACUGGAAGAUAUGUAGUGUGUAUUAGGGCCCAAAUAUCAUUGGUCAUUUUUUUUUUUGCCUGUUUAAUUAAUUUAAGUUUAUAAUGAGAGGAUAUAGAUACUGUUAUCUACCAGAAGGAAAAAUACAUAGAUAUGAUGGUUAAUGUAAUGUUUCCAAUUUUUGUAAUUUUUCAAUUUCUGGAAUUUUCUAAUUUUCGGGGGUAUUUUCGUCUUUUUCUCGGGACGUGCCGGCUGUGUUCGAGAGUUGAGUGGGACAUUUCCCUGAGUUCAGGACUCUUGGAAAUGCACCAGUUGUCAUCUUGACUUUUCUCCGUUUUUCGAGUCGGAUGGUCCCAGGUGGGACCCGCUACCGGAGUCGGUGUGUACGGGAAUUUUAUCUUGGGUUCAUUGCAUACCAUACAUAAUUAUUUUGUGCAUAUUUAAUGUGGUUGUGUGCUAUUUUGUAUAGAUAUAUGCAUAUAUGUGUGUGUAGUGGGAAAUAGAAGGAAAAAGAAAAGUCAAAAAGAAAAUUUUGUUGUGGAACCCACCAUUAGAGAUUUUUGUGAUUUGGAGACCAACAUUGGCCUCAUUCUCCUUCUCUCACCCCGCACUAGCUCUCUCUCUCUCUCUCUUUCCUCUUCAUUUUUCUUUUCUUUUUGGCUUCAAGCUUCAAUCUUCAAUUAUUUUUUCAUCUCUUGAAAUUUUUGGGCGCCGUUUGCUGCAAAUCAAAGAGCUUGUUGAAACCUACGCUUGGAUAGGAGCAAUUCACACUUUUAGCCAUCCUAAGAAUUUAAAAAAUUAGGGCUUUGGUUUGGAGUUUUGGGGGUUUUCAUCUCCAUUGAGGUAGGGGUGUUCUAAUGCAUGAUUUCUUUUACUUUUGUGAAUUUUAUAACUUGAAUUGAUGUGUAGCAUGUUCAAUUAGUAUAAAUUCUUGUAAAAUUUGCUUAAAUGAUAGGUUUGGACUAUAUGUGACUAAUUGUUAGUUGUUUAUAGUGUUGAAACAUGCU